CAUGGACCACCCGCCGCCGCCGGACCUCGGCAGCUGCCUCGAGGUCCGCCUCUUCUACGUGCGCCUCUCGCCGCACGGAAGCGCGCCGCCGCCUCCGCGCCUCGCGCUCGAGCUCCGCCCCGCAGGCGGCGAGGCCACCCUGCUCCUCCCGCUCCGGCUCGACCGCCACGACGCCGCAUCCGGGGAGGCCACCUACGUAUCCACCGCGGCCGCGCAGCUGCCUCCGCCCGCCGCGCCCUUCGAGGUCGCCGACCACCGCGGCGCUGCGCUCCUCCGCGGCUCGCUUCGGCGGUGCCCCGGUGCGAAAGCCGAUUCCCCCGCCUGGGAAAUCGAUUGCGCCCCUGCCGUUGGGGCGGCUGCCUCGGCUUCGGCCUUUGAGGUCUACGUAGCAGGAUGCUGCUCCGGCGAGCCCGCGGUGCUCACGCGCGCCCUGCGGCUCGCCACCCCCGAAGAAGCUGCUGGCGGAUUAGUUCGCCGCCCACCGGGGCCAUUGUCACAGACUACAGGUGAUGAAGGCGGCAAUGACAUGAACACUGGUAGCAUGCAAUACCCUGAAGGUUGGUACUCCGAUGAUGAUGACGGGCAACUCUCAUGGUUCAACGCUGGUGUUAGAGUCGGCGUGGGGAUUGGCCUGGGAGUCUGUGUCGGUGUUGGCAUAAGCGUUGGGCUCCUCAUGCGCUCCUAUCAAGCAACGACCAGAAGCUUGAAGAGACGAUUCUUCUGAGACUGUCGCAACAAAUACCAUGACCUCUGAUGGCCAGUAGAGUUGUUUUGACCUCUGAUGGCCAGUAGAGUUCGUUCAUGUGUUCUCUGUGUAGGAGGAAAUGUUGUGUUUGUGCUUGUGCAGUUUUUGACUUGUGUCCAUCGCUCUCUCCUGUGUAUGUAACUUGUGAAGGCCUCAUGUACAUACAGCAAAUGUUUACAUUAAGCAAAUGUUGUUGAAGGUACGAUUUUUUUCCCUGAAA